AUGCCGAAGCAAAGACGUGUAUUGUCAAUGCCAAACAAGAGGAGUAGAGUAUCACCAUACCCGCUUCGCUCUUCGAGGACCAACAAACAAAAAGAAGACGAGCCUGAGACUCCUGUCCAAACAGAAGGCCCAAGAGAAUGGGAGGAUGUCCGGUGUGUGAUUUGCAUGGAACCGCCACACAAUGCCGUCCUCUUGCGGUGCUCUUCCUCCUCCAAAGGAUGUCGUGCUUACAUGUGCGAUACGAGCGCUCGUCACUCCAACUGUUUCAAGCAGUACCGUAGGAGCAACAAGAACCCUUUCAACCCUAAAGCCUUUAAAUGUCCUUUGUGUAGAGGAGAGGGUUAUGAGACGAUCAAAGUGUCUAGUGCAAGAAGAUUCAUGAACGCUAAAUCGAGGUCUUGCUCGAUCGAGGGCUGUGACUUCUCAGGGACUUACUCUCAGCUUAACAGUCACUUGAAAACUGAGCAUCCCGGAUUCAUCAGACCAAGGGUCAACCCGGAGAAGCAACGAAGGUGGGAACAGAUGCAGAGAGAUGCUGAGUACGCUGAACUUAUGACUGCAGCUGGAUUUUCACAUGGUUAUGAGGUUGUGCAUCAUCAGCAGCUUCCCUACACUCACCCGUUUAUUCAGUUUAGCAUGUCUGACUUGUUUGGUUAUGCGACAGCUUUCUUGCCCCAACUAGAGUUUGGUCUCCCUCGAGAAUAA